AUGGCUGCCCCAAACAAACCUUUUUUUUUGGACGCGGAGGGAGGCGAGGAGGUGGUGGAGACGGGAGCGCAGCCGCAGACCUAUGCGACGGUCGCGCAGGGAGCGCAGAGUGGCGGGGCGGGCCAACAACAGCCCGAGCCCUCGACGUCAUCCGGCCCCAAAGUAGUGAGCGUGGAGGUCACUCGCCUUGGCCUGGACAAGCUUCGGGGCACAACACCCGGCCCCAAGAGCUCCAAGUUCAAGGAGAGACGGACGGCGGAUCCGCGACGGACAAAGUCCGAUCCCCGGGGCCAGGAUCCUAUGGGCCUGGCCGGCAAAGUCCAGAGGACUGAGCCCUCACCCCCCGAAGGGGGGGUGGAUGACGUCAAGUGCGGAGUGGUGGAAGGGGGAAGAGGCGCGAAGCAGGCGCGCCCCCAGGAAAGCUCCAGCGGGGAGGAGGAGGAUCUCCUCCCCGAGAAGAAGGAUGCCCGGGGUAGACCCGUUACGACGGGCAAGGGCGUCGGGAUGAAGGCCCGCAAGAAGGUCGCCCAGGACCUGAAAAGGUCCAGGGAGGACCUGCGCAAUAUCGAGGGGAUCAUACAGGGCGACUAUGAGCCUCAGCGGUAUGAGGGCGCGGAGAGGAGGAGAAAGAUAAGAGAGCUGGAGGAGCAGGUCCCCCAGCUCCCCACCCGCGAUCUUGUGGCUAUGGUCCUGGACCAUAGCAGCAAGAACGACGAGGCGGCUAGGACCAGCCGAAACCUGAAGGGUACCGUUACUGGUAUAAUAAGGGACGGGGCCCUGUUCACCAGGGUCGCCGUUGACGCUCUGAGCACAAGGCUGAGUGGGGAGGCGAGCGAGGUAGUAGAGCAAAUGAGGGAGGAGCUGGCCUCCCUCAAAGCUCAGGUCGCUAGCCUCCUGAGGGAGAAGGAGGAUCGGGAUAGGAGGAAGAUGCCGCCCCCUCCCGACCCUCAGCCUCCGGGACGGAACGUCACCCCCUCGGGGGAGACUGUACGGGAAGAGGAAAGGAUGGAGGUGGACGAUACCGGGAUACCGGCGGAUCCCCCUCCUCCCGGAAAGACAGCGGAUCCCCCGCCCCCGGAGAAAAGGACCUGGGAUGUUGUCACGCCGGAGACGGCUGACAACUCCCAGGCCUCAACCUCGGGAAGAGAAAGAUCGCGGGCGAGGAAGAAAGACAGGUCCUCUUCUAGGAAGAGGACCAAACUCCCUCAAACCCCCGCGACAAACUCCUCUCCACCAUCCCCUCACACCCCGCAGAAAACGGGGAAGUCCCCCACGAGGAAGGGGGAGACCAUAGAGGGGAGGGUGGAUAGGAAAGUUAGGGAGGCCUUCGAUCAGCAUAAGGGGUGGGUAGAUCGAAGGCUACAGGGGAUGGAGAAGCUUCUCCAGACAUUGGUCGACAGCGGGGCCC